UCAGCCCUCACACCAAUGUACAGAGGCAACAUGGGCAAACUACUCAUCUGCGUUGGAUUGGCUCUCCUGCUGCAUGUGCAGCUAGGAUCCUCCUACAUCCUCUCCUGUUAUUUCACUAACUGGGGACAGUACCGACCAGGAGCAGGGAAGUAUUUCCCUACCGACAUUGACCCAUGUCUCUGUGACCACCUCAUCUAUGCCUUCGCUGGGAUGGACAGCAACCAGAUCAAGACCUACGAGUGGGACGACGAGAAGCUCUACGGACAGUUCCAGGCCCUCAAGAACCAGAACAGCAACCUGAAGACCCUGUUGGCCAUCGGAGGAUGGAACUUCGGCACUCAGAAGUUCACAGCCAUGGUCUCCAGUGCUGCUAAUCGGCAGACCUUCAUCACCAGUGUGAUCAAGUUCCUCCGUCAAUACCAGUUUGAUGGCCUGGACAUUGACUGGGAAUACCCUGGCUCCAGAGGGUCCCCUCCAGAGGACAAGCAGCGCUACACCACCUUGGUGCAGGAACUGCUGAGCGCAUUCGUGAAGGAAGGAAAGAGCACCAACCGCCCCCGUCUGAUGCUGACCGCCGCCGUGUCUGCUGGGAAGGGAACCAUCGACUCUGGAUACCAGAUCGCCCAGAUUGGACAAGUGCUGGACUACUUCCACGUGAUGACCUAUGAUUUCCAUGGCUCCUGGGAAAAGAACACUGGGGAGAACAGCCCUCUGUACAGAGGCCCAUCUGACCAGGGAGACCUCAUCUACUUCAAUGUGGACUACGCCAUGAAGUACUGGAAGAGCAAUGGUGUCCCAGCUGAGAAGCUGCUGGUUGGUUUCCCAACCUACGGCCACACCUUCCGCCUGGCUUCCGCCUCCAACACUGGAGUCGGAGCUCCCUCCGCUGGCCCCGGCCCCGCUGGGACCUUCACCCGCCAGGCUGGAUUCUGGGCUUACUAUGAGAUCUGCACCUUCCUGAAGCAGGGUGCCACCCAGGCUUGGGACUCUACCCAGGAUGUGCCCUACGCCUACGACAGCAAGAACAUGUGGGUUGGAUAUGACAAUGUCAAGAGCUUCCUGAUCAAGAUCAAAUGGCUGAAGCAGGCUGGUUUUGGAGGAGCCAUGGUGUGGAGUCUGGAUCUGGAUGACUUCACUGGCACCUUCUGCGGCCAGGGCAGAUACCCUCUGAUCAACACCAUAAAGAGUGGUCUGGGCACCGGAGCAGGUUGUGCUGCUCGCACGAACCCCCUCCCCCCCGUUACCCAGGCUCCUCCCAAGCCCAGCGGUGGUGGUGGUAGUGGUGGUGGUGCCACUGGAGGAUCUGGCUUCUGUGCUGGCAAGGCCAAUGGUCUCUUCCCAGACCCCACCAACAAGAACCACUUCUAUGAAUGCAGCCAGGGAGUGACCUACACCCAGCACUGUGCUGCUGGACUGGUGUUUGACGCUAGCUGCUCCUGCUGCAACUGGGCUUAAACCUCCCCUUCAGCUCCCUCAGUAGAACAACAUCAGCUACAUGUAACAAUUGUAAACCAUUUCUGAUCUGACUGUAAUAAACAUAAUUUGAA